GUCCCCCUCGCCUGCUGUUCGCCCCAAGGGCCACCACAAACAGGAGAACAAUCGACGUAACAGCCAGUAUCACUGCUCUUGCCUCGCCAUCGACGUCGUAGCAAAGGAUUCCUUCACUGCUCCUUCGGCUGCGCAGAUCGAAAAUGAAGACGAUUUUUACUGCCUGUCUUGUUGCCAUUCUGUUGGCCCAAAUUGAAGGUCAUCCAAUCAGCUAUGAGUACCAGAAUACAAACAACCACGACAUCCAAAAACGACAUGUGCAGUCCGUUGGCGGUGCUGAACAAAACGGUGAAGAACAGAAAGUCGGUGACCAUGUGAUCCAAAAGAGACACGUUCAGAUCGCUGGCAAUAGCAGGCAGGAUGAGGACGAGCAGAACAUAGGUGACCAUAUAAUCCAGAAGCGAGAUGUUCAGGAAGUGGCAGGCCGGGCCAAGCAGGACAGCAAUAUUCAGGAGGCCUACAGUCGUGAGGGCAACUACGCCGUUCAGGGCAAGAAUUUCCAGAAGGUCGUAGCCAGUGACGAAGGAGGCCCCAUCAUACAGUUCCAUCAAGAUGCAAAGACGGCUGGCUGCAAAGGCGGGAACUGCGCCAACCGAAUGAACGAGGUGGAAGGAGAAUAAACAGUGAUAAGAAUCAUUAUUAUUGGGUUUUGUUUUGAACUACUUUUGGAAGAUAGCUAAUUGCUUUUUUUUUUUUUUUUUUUUUUUUUUUGGGGGGGGGGGGAUCUGAUAGAUUACUGAUAACUUUUUUUCUGAUUUGUUCUCUGUAUCAGUCUAAUAGCUAGGGAUGCUUUAUCAUAGUUAUGACUUUUGCGAUUUAAAUAUGUAAUCAACUAAAUGAUUUCUUCAGUGGAAAGGAAAUGUAAAGAUUUUCAACAAAGAUUAGAUUGAGGAAUUGUAGUCUAAAGUUUUAUACAACUAAGCAGAUUACGCUUUCAGUUUUAGUAGUGUAAUAAAUGUCUUAAUCUACUAACGAAACCCAUCAUUGGAAUAAACAAGAGAUAUAAAG